AUGGAUAACAUAAAAUUUAGUGAGGUUUUAAAAUCAUACGAGGAACAAAAUGAUGAAAUAGAUUAUAAGUCUAAGAAUAAGUCAGAGGAGGAACUUUCAUUAAUUGAUAAUGAUGUCAAACGCACACCAUUUAUAGGACUAGAUCCUAAAGAAAAAGUAAAAAAACAGUUUUUAGUAAAAAUACUAAAAGAUUUGCUAAUAAGCAUUCCCAAUUUUUAUUACCAGGGAAUGAGUGAAAUUUGUUCAAUUUUUAUUUUUUUCUAUUUUUCAAAAGAAUUUGAUAAAUUUCAAAAUAAAGAAGAAGAAAGUUUUACUAAAAAGUAUUCGGAUGAAGAAUAUAAAAAAUUUCGUAAAUUUGUAAAAAAGAAAUAUGAUAAAGUCAAGAAUGUGUUAACAAAUGUUAUUAGUAGGAAAUACGAACCACUUGUAAAAGACAAUUUUAAAUUGUAUGAACAUUACAAUACAGUAUUUUUAGCAAUGAUGAAACGAAGAAAUAUAAAAAUAGAUGAAUCUUAUUCAUUUACUUAUAUGAAUUCUGUCCUAACUUAUUUCUGUAGACAUGUAACAAGUAUCGAUGAUUCUUAUAAAAUAUUUGAAAUUGUUUUAUCGUGUCCUCCUACAGCUCCUUUCUUACUUUUAAUUAUCUAUUUCGAUAAGAUCAGUAAAAAAAAGCCUAUAACUGAAGUUGAUAUACAUCUCUAUGAAUCUAUUAUUUUAUUAGAAAAGGAAUUUUUACUCGUUGAAGAAGGUCUUAAAAAAAAUAAAAAAUGUUUUUUAGCGAGAAACGCCGUCGUUCUUGGUGGCUUAAUUGGAUUUGUUGUGGCUGCUGCUGUGUAUAAAUAUAAUAAAAGGGCGGAUGAAUAA